AUGAGAUCAAAAGCCUUUGUCCUGCUCUUGGCCCUGGCACUAACAACCAUCUUCAAUGUAAAAUGUAUCCCGCAGAGGAAGGAGGUUGAUUGCAGCUCUUUUAAAAAUUUACCAGCAGGAAAAGAGAGCAUUUGUUAUGCAUUAUAUGACCCAAUUUGUGGCUCUGAUGGCCGAACUUACAGCAACGACUGCAGGUUUUGUUAUGAAGUUGUGUAA